UUUAUCAAGGAUGAGUAAAGUGGAGAUCAGUGAAGGGGUGUUAGAGGGGGAACUAGUGGAGAACUUUUUGGGCGGGCAGUUCCAUAGCUUCAAAGGGAUACCGUAUGCCGCGCCCCCUGUUGGAGAUCUCAGGUUCAGAGCGCCACAACCACCUGAACCAUGGGAAGGGGUCCGCAGCGCCACAGAGUUUGGUCCAGUCUGUUUUCAAGUGGAUCCUAUCUUGGAUCCAACUCCUAAAGGCAGCGAAGACUGCCUUUACCUCAACGUAUAUACCCCUGACUUGAAGCCAGCUGAUGCGUUGCCUGUUAUGGUGUGGAUCCACGGAGGAGGCUUUGCAAUCGGUAGCGGAAAUGAUGAUUUCUAUGGCCCAGAGUUUUUGGUUAGACACGACGUUGUACUUGUCACGUUCAACUACAGACUUGAAGUGCUUGGAUUUCUAUGCCUGGACACCGAAGAAGUGCCUGGAAAUGCUGGGAUGAAGGACCAAGUAGCUGCACUGCGUUGGGUCCAGAAAAACAUCAAUCAAUUUGGCGGAGAUCCGGAGAAUGUAACAAUUUUCGGUGAGAGCUGUGGUGCUGCCAGCGUCAGUUUUCAUCUCGUUUCGCCGAUGUCGAAGGGUUUAUUCAAGCGGGCGAUUGCCAUGAGUGGCCAUAUGAAUUCUUACUGGUCAUUUACAUCUCAGCCUGUGCUGAGAGCUACUGCCCUGGCGCAACAGUUAGGUUGCGACUCUUCAGACCCUGAAGAACUCGCCUCCUUUUUCAAAGAACAACCCGUUACUUCGCUAGCCCAUUGCUCAACUCCCAUAUACUUUUAUGAGAAACUCAAGGGCCUUUCUUUGGGAAUAUCAUUGUUUGCUGUAGUUUCCGAGAAACAGUUCGGUGACAACGAGCGGUUUUUCGAAGGAGAUCCUUUGGAGGCUCUCAAAAACGGCAUACAUGAAGGUGUAGAGGUUAUAUCUGGUUUUCUAGAGCACGAAGGUGUAUUUAGCAUGAAGGCUAGAGGAGGAUACGAUAUUGUGAAGGAAUGUGCUCAAUUUCUUGAAUUCUUCGUGCCGAUGACAAUGAGGUUUAACUGUGGCUUGGCGGCUCAGAUGGAGGCAGCCAUGCAGAUAAAAGCAUUCUACCAGAACGGGAACACUGAACCUGAUGUAUUAAUGCGAUUUUGUUCUUUCGAAGACUUUAUGCAUUGUGUCAUCCAGUGGCAAAAGAUCUGUGCAAAUACAAGUCCAAAUAAGUUCUAUUUAUAUAAAUUCUGCUGCAAAUCUGAGAGGAAUCUGAUGACUUAUGCAUUCGGUCUGGCUGAAAUAUAUGGGACUGACCCUAAAACGUGUCACGCCGAUGACCUGGCUUACUUCUUCCCUCUUAAAGGGUUCAACUUAUCUGUCGAUCCCGAUUCCAACACCUUUAAGAUGAUAGAUAAUGUCACCAAACUCUGGACCAACUUUGCAAAAUGCGGGGACCCAACACCUGACGACAGCCUGGGCAUACGCUGGCCAGAGUACACCACAGACGGAGAAAAGUUCCUGGAGAUAGAUGAGGAACUGACGACCUCAUCAGCCGUGAUGAAGGAUGAGGUGGAGCUUUAUGAGGAUAUCUUCUCGAAGCAUCUGCCAAAUCAACUUGCGUAAAAUUUAAC